AUGUUGAAUUGCGCAAUCUGUGGUUGUAGUGAAUUUUAUAAAGUGUCUGGUUUUUCCUAUUGUAUAACAUGUCAAACGCAAAGUCAGGAUGUUGGAGAAGAAGUAGAAUUAGAUCUACCCAUAGAAAAUACUGGGAAGUUGCGAAAAACAAAAAUCCAUCGUAUGAAACAAAAUACAGAUGAACUCGGAUGGACAUCUUGGGAGUUAUAUAAUUUUGUUUUAAUUGGUUUGACAAAUGAGCUUAUUGAGCUUGGUAUAUCAGCGGAUAUAAAAAUAACAGUGCUUCAAUUAUGGGCACGAUAUCUAGGAAAACUAGAAGUAGCUUUUAUCUCCACAAAAAAGAAACUGGUACCAAAAUUAGCUAAAAAUUAUAAGAAAAGAGAUGCUGACAUUAUAUAUGGUAAAGUUUCACAAAAGAACAAAAAACGGAAAAAAACUGGAAGUACCAUAGCAAAUUCUUCAGAUACCUGUCCAAACGAACAAAUCUCCAUGAGAGAAAUAAAUAGGAAUAAAAAACUUAUGGUUACUGCAGACUAUGAUAGAUUUAUAAAGUCACAAACAAGCUCAGAAGAAGAUACACUCAGUACAUAUAAUCAAAGUGUAUAUAGCAGACCGAGUAGCAGACAUUCUAGUGUAGGAAAAUCUCAUCAAAAUAUAAGGAUAAAAUUUAAUUCAUCUGCUAAAGCAGAAAAGUGUAAAAUAGAGAAUAUGGCAAAAAAGAUAUCAAGCUGCAAACGUAGAAGAUACAAACAAAGUCAUGUAAGAACUCAGUAUAAAACAAGCCCAGAAUUAAUAACACCUUCCAAAUUAUUGGCAAUCUUGUAUCUGGCAUUAAGAAUUCAUAAUCAAGAUAUACAUUUAGGUGACAUGAUAAGGUAUGGGAAAGAAGGACAUUUAUCUUAUUACCGAUUAGAUCGCCUGGUACCUCCUGAAAUAUCUUUAACAAGAAGUGAUAUAAAUUUCUUAUCACGAGCUAUAGACAUAACGCAUAAGGGUAUGAGAAGAAUUAUUGGACAAAUGGCAAAAUUUCUUGGAGUCACGAAAAUAGUUUGUCCAGAUCUCCUUUCUCUUGUUAACCGAUAUUGCAUUGAAUUAGCUCUACCAAAAGAUAUAUCAUUAUAUGCGGAAAGAUUAUUAAGUUUAUCUUCUCCGAAAAUGACGUUUGAAAAAAAAUCUUAUAUCCCUAAUUACGAAGGUCGUGCUAUGGCAUUUAUUAUUGUAGUACUGAAAACAUUAUUGAGUUUGGAUGGUAUUACAGAAAAUGAAAUUAGUAAUGUUGCCGACAAGAUUAAUAGUGCAAUUAACGAUGAAGGUAUCUGUGAUACAAAACUAUUCAGUUUUCGGGAAUGGCAGAAGUAUAUUGAAUGUAGAAGAACAAUCUUAAUUAAUGCGCACUACCCUACCAAGUUAAAGUACAAUCCAAACAUACCGGAUGUUAAUAAUUUAUAUAUUAAAUUUUUGGAGUCUAUGAAUUCUAAAAUAGAUAGAGAGGAACAUGAGAUAAUUACGCGUAAGCAUUUCAUGCCAAAUGAACUUAUUUACGCAAUGAAACAUUGCGUUAUGAAUACAAGAUACAUUGAUUUGCCAUUGAAUGAGGUAAAUUAUUUUUCUCCAACAUUAACGCCAAAUCAUUCGUAUCUUCAACAAUUAUUGGAGCAUCCAUUAUAUGAUCUUCCAAGUAUGCUCCGAAAUGACUUUUCAUCUGCAAAAGUUGAAUACUUGACAAAAUCAGAAUCUAUCUACAAUUUGACUUCACAAUACGAUAUUCAAUUAGAUUCCAUUGAUUCAAAUUUGCAUUUUAUUGAAAAAACAGUAUCACUUUUCGAGCAAACAAAAAUUGCCAGUAUAAAAGAUUUGAAAAGCGAAAUUGUGAUAGAAAAUUUUAUGGAAAGUAAUACGGAAUGUCUAGAGAGAAAAGAAAAUUUUAUUGAUUAUCUACAUAAGGAGAUACCCUGUCGAUUUAAAAUUGAUGUAAAAAAGAAGCAGUAUUAUGACGAUGCAAUAAUAGAUAUGAAAGUACCUCCGUUAGCGUCUGCAUUAACCAAUGAAUUUAUAUUUAAUGAGAUUCUUCCAGAUGGUAAAUUAUCAAUCCCAAGUAGAUGUUCAGAGGAUGACGAAAGCAAGGAUGAUAAUGCAUAUCUAAAAAAUAAUGAUUCUCCACAAACAAAAUUAAUCAAGUUUUGUAAAUCAUACAAUACAAAUCUCUCAAGUACGGAAAGAAAAGCUGUAUUAGAAAAUUUAAAUCUACCAAGGAAGCAAAAGCGCAAAUUAAUGCGAGAUUUGUUUGGUAAAUUUGUUAAGCAAACUGAUACAUGUCUCAAUACGGAAAGAAAGAGUCCAAAUAAAGAUGAUAAUUAUAUGAAGGAAACUGAAAUUAUUUCAACAAACAUUUCUGAAAUUGAAAAUAUACUACCAGAGAUGUCCAAUAUAUUAAAUUUUAGUGUUAACGCAUCUAUCUUUGAUAAUUUUAUCAACUUUGAAAAUGAAUACCUGGAUGAUCCAUCAGAGAAAAAAACUUAUAGUAAAAUAUUUGAAUCGAUUAUCGAUGAAUCUGUUACGGAUAAAAGACGGAAUAAUAAUAUUCUUAGAUUGUUUAGACCGUUUAAAGAUUAUUGGAUGUAUCACUGUAAUUUUAGCCGUGUGAAGCCAAAAAAUUUUGAAUUACUCGAGAAAAUGCUGCCAAGAAGUUUUCGAUGGUUACUGAAUGAAUGCGCGAGCUACAUUGAAAUAUCAACGGAAGACUUGUAUGAGGAAGUGUGUCUCAUCGAAGCUUAUUAUGCAUACGUUUUGCAGGAAUCUAAGAUUUAUUCGCAUGUAACAGAUAAAAGUGAAAAUUGCACAAAUCAAGCAUAUAUCAAUGCAAUUUUGAAGAAAUGGUAA